UGGAUCCCGGAACGUGCUCAGAGGGAGCCCUCUUCUCUCUCUCCUUCUCUCGCGCACUCUCUUCACGUUCUCCUCAAACUACAAAAACAACAUCAUCUCGCUGAGGGAGUGGACGGUUAUCGGAGACAUUUAACGGACAGUUAACGGAUAUUUCCGACCGCGGAGCUCUUUGUCAUCGUGUCCUCUAACAUCCAGACGAUGGCUGAGCAGAACACCGAGGCCAAGCUGAAGUCGUGGCUGAAACAGGAGAAGAUCCAGCUGUGGAAUCCUCCGUACACCGAGGACGAGGACAACGUGCCGGGACAGCAGCACAUGCAGGGUCUGGCCGAGCGCUACGCCCCUCUGCUGGCUCUGCCAUUGGCCGAGGUCUCCGGCGCUCUGGAAGCCAUCCGGCUGCAGGCGGUGAACCGAGGGAAAGGAAACAAGACCUUCAGGGAGACAAACGUGGCCACGCUGGAGCUGCUGCUGCCCAGGGACUGCAAGAAGGAUCCAAAGAGUAAGGACCUGUUGGAGACCAGGCUGGAUGUGGGGGUUCAGGAGGUAGUGGACAGGAUCGGAGAGCAGUACGGCCUCAAAUACAUCAAACUGAUCCUCAACGGGAGAACUCUGUCAGUGGACCAGCGUCUGGACGAGCAGGGCGUGAAGAACCACAGUAAGAUGAUGGUUCUGAAGGUGAGCGACACCGAGUUGAAGCAACAGCUGAGCGAGGAAGAGGAGAAGACGAAGAACCAGAACGAGAGCAUCCAGAGGACACAGAAAGGUUUCCAGAUCCUGUCAGAGAGAGACGGCAGUGAAGACACGUCUCCUUUUCUGGAGAUCGCCGACCAGAGAGGAAACCCGCUGAAGAUCCCCCACGAGGAGAAAAAGGCUCUGAUCCUGGCGAUGGGUCUCCAUGAGAAAGGUCGCUCUCUGAUGAAGAAGAAGCAGUUUGACAACGCUCUGUGUCACCUGCUGCAGGCCGACCAGCAGUUCAGUAAGUGUGGCUCGGCCCUGCUCAGCUCGGUGGAUAACUUUGCGGUGCUGCAGCUGGACAUCGUGUGGUGCUACCGGGCCCUGGAGGCCCUGUCCUGCCUGGAGGACGGCAAGCUCAGGCUGCAGAGAGCCGAGGACUGCUUCCUGCAGUGUUACGGAGAGCAGCAGCAGAGGCUGCUCAUGAUCAAGGGUAACACAGGCAGAGAGGAGGUGCUGUUCCUGCGUCUGUACCUCCUCCAGAGUCUCCUCUCCUACCUCGAAGGAAACGACGCCCAGGCUCGACACCAGCUGUCCAAAGUGGAGUCUCUGUACAGCCGUCUGUGUCUGGACUCUGAGAAGAUGUCUCAGCUGAUGGUUCUCGGGUUCACGGAGAGAGAAGCUCGACUCGGCCUCCGAGCCUGUCAGGGAGACCUGGAGGAGGCAGCCAUCCACAUCAGCAACCAGAGACAGGAGCGAGAGGAGCUGAAGCAGAGAGAGAGACAGAAGAGGAGCAGAAGGAUGGAGGUGAUCUCUACGCUCACAGAGCUCGGAUUCUCCCGCAGAGACGCCGCCAGAGCUCUGCAGCUCGCUGACGGAGACGUGGACAAAGCUUACGCAAUCCUGUUGGACUCGAGUCAGGCUGCUCAGGCAACCAAUAACAACACAGAGGGAGCACUCAGUCCAGAGAAGGUGGACCAGCUCCUGUAUCUGGGCUUUGAGAGGGAUGUCUCUGAGGCAGCCCUGAGACUGACAGCUGGAGACAUCCAAUCAGCGACUCAGCUGCUGCUGGACAACCAGGGCGUCCUAUCAGCGGAGCUGCUGUCUGAGUCCCCGCCCUCCACCUCCUCCUCACCGUCCUCUGAGGAGCCCAGCACCUCCUCCUCCACGUCCAUAGAGGACAACGAGCUGGUCAACGAGGUGUUGGAGGACAUUUCUCGCCACGAGGAAGAUUACCUGGACCUGACGCUGGAGGAGGAGAGUCAGCUGAUCCAGACCAUGAAGACGUACCUGAGCAGAGGGCACACACGCACUGUGUGACACACACACACACACACACAUAACUACACACACUGUGUGACAUACAUGCACGCAAGCACACACUAACUACACACACACACACACUCUCACACACUAACCACACACACACACACACACACACACACACACUGUGUGACACACACACAGUUAUCCGUUUAAAACGGUACUGGUGAUAUUUUCUGCACUUUUUUUUGUAGUAAACUUCAAAGUGCCAACAGCUGCAGAAAUAAUGACUUCUUCUUUAAGUUUCAUUAAUCAGCAAUAAUUCAUAAUUCAGCCGAGUCACAGAGAUUAGAGAAAGAAAUGUUUGAUUAGAUUCUUAGAGAGGUUUUGUGUUGGCAGCACUUUCCCCUUUUUUUUUAUUAUUAUUAUGAUGAUUCUUCCUUUGAACGGAUGAAUAUUAUUUUCUAAAUGAAAUCAUUGGUUGUUUAUUUUAUAGAAACCAAAGGAAUGUUGUUGUUUGUUUAAAAAGCUGCUCAAAGUGAUUGAUUUUUAUUUUUUAUUGUUCUGACGGCAAGAAGCAAAGUUGAGUGUUUUGUGACGUUUUGAUUUUAAAUUAAUUUGAUGUUAAUGUUGAGUUUGGUGUCUCAUGUUGACAAUAAAAGGAAAUUAAGGUU